AUGACCAUGGUCUCUGUAUAUGGCUCAAACUACCGGAUAAAACGACAGUAUGGAGGAUUUGGACCAUUUGGUGGUAGACCUGGAGGAGGUGGAUUUGGCGGAGGAGCUUAUGGUGGUAUGGGUAGACCUGGAGGAGGAUUCGGAGGAUUCGGUGGCCAGACGGGAGGCUACGGUGGUAUGGGUAGACCUGGAGGAGGAUACGGUGGCCAAACGGGAGGCCCUGGUGGUACGGGUGGACCUGGAGGAGGAUUCGGAGGAUUCGGUGGCCAGACGGGAGGCUACGGUGGUAUGGGUAGACCUGGAGGAGGAUACGGUGGCCAAAUGGGAGGCUACGGUGGUAUGGGUAGACCUGGAGGAGGAUUCGGUGGACCCGGCGGUUACGGCGGUCCAAUGUACGGAUAA